AAUUUGUUUAGGGCAUCCACUAUAGAGAGUCAAGGUGGAUUCUUAAAUGUGGUAAAAAUCAAUAUGGACUCUUAAAAUGCUAGGCAUUUUCUGAUUGGGUCGUGUUAUACACGCCUGGCCACGCCCAAUCAAGGUGCGGGAGAGAGGUGGGGUGCGCGCGGGCCUCGUGCGAACCGCCUUCAGCACCCCUCAUAGUGGGUGCUUUAAAAUACUUUCAUAUUGAUUUUAUACAAAUUAUGAAAUUACAUAAAACUUUCUUUUUUCUUCUUUUUUUUUGAGGCAGAAAUUAAAUAAAAUCUUAAAACACCGUCAGUUAUCCUUAUUAUCGUCAAUACUCCGCCACCACCAAUGGCUCACCGCCGCGACGAACCACCGAUGUCCGGCAGCGAACCCCCGAUGUCCGGCAGCGAACCCCCUCAGCUUCUAAUAAUACGACCUUCAAACCUCUUCAGAGCGCACCAGGACGGAUUCUCAGCCAAGUUCAACGUUCUCAAAGCCUACGAAUCUCCGCUCCCAACCGAAACGUUCCUCCGCGAACACGCCCAAUCAGCAAAGGCCAUCCUAUGCUUCAAAGGAAGCCCGAUCACCGGCGAUCUCCUCCGCCACUUGCCGUCGCUUGGAUUGGUUGUGACCUCCGGCACCGGGGUCAAUCAUAUAGACCUCGCGGCGUGCCGGCGGCGGGGGAUUCUCGUGGCCAACACUGCUGACGUGUUCUCUGUGGACACGGCAGACUACGCUGUCGGGUUGUUGAUUGCCGUGAUGAGGAAGAUCAGCAGUGGCGAUAGGUUUGUGCGGCGGCGGCUUUGGUCCCUCAGCCACGAAGAAUUUCCUCUGGGUUUCAAGUUAAGAGACAAGCGAGUCGGAAUAGUGGGAUUAGGCAACAUUGGCUCAAAAGUAGCAAAAAGGCUUGAUGCUUUCGGCUGCAAAAUCUCAUACAACUCAAGAUCCCAAAAGCCAAGAGUCCCCUACAACUUUUGCCCCACACCUCAUGAACUAGCCUCUCAAUCUGACAUCCUAUUGAUUUGUUGCCCGUUGACGGAAGACACGCGUCACAUGAUCAACAACGACGUGAUGAACGCCCUCGGGGAGGAGGGCGUCAUUGUUAACAUUGGGAGGGGCGCGAUCAUUGAAGAAGAUGCAUUGGUGAAGCAUUUAGUGGCGCGUAGAAUAGCAGGUGCUGCACUAGAUGUCUUCGAGAACGAGCCCCGUGUUCCCGUGGAGCUCUUCGAAAUGGACAACGUUGUUUUGUCGCCUCAUCGAGGUUCCUACACAAAGGAAGGCUAUUUCGAUGCUUUUCGGAUUGUGGUUGAGAAUUUAGAGUCCUUCUUCUUAAAUAAGCCCUUGGUUUCUCCUGUUAGAAUUGAGGAAUAAAGGUUAUUGGGUAAAUGUCACUUUCUGUCCCAUCAUUUAAGUGAAUUCUGAAAAAUGUUUGAAUUUAAAGGUAUUACCAAAACGAUAUUCAACUUACCGAAAAAAUAUUGUUUGUGUUCUAUUAAUAUUUUUCGACUCUCGGAAAUUGAGGUGGAUUACCUGAUUUCCAACAUGGCUUGUCUACAUGAAUUGAAAACAAAAGUAAAAGAAAUAAAGGAAAAUACACCUAA